AUGUCUUCUGAUAUUUCUCCUCAUACAACCUUACCUUUAAAUACGUCCUCAUCCAAAGGAACAACAUCUUCUUUGAUGGAGGAAUUGUUGCAAUCGGCAACCACAGCGAGACCUGUCACGCUGAAAAUUGUCAUGCUGUUUGUGAUUUUGUCUCUGUUCUUUUGUACGAUCAUGGUACUUGUUUCGAGUGGUGUGUUUGUGAAUAAGUGUCAAUUGUCAGAAAUUGUCACUAAGAACGAUAUGAGAGCAGGUCAUUCAGCGACAUCUUCCAAUGGCCCUCUUCCAUCAUAUGUGACAAGAGAACCCAUGUCAACAAGACUUUCGGUUGAAAUUGAUGCUGCCAUGAAGCGUCGACGUGCCCGAAAGAAUUUGAAACCCAUGGCAUCAUCAACAAAUUCAAAUCCUCCUUCAACCAAUGAAGUGAUAGGAAAAACAAUACAAGAGGAAACACCCAUCAAGUCAAAAACUAAACUCUUGUUAGGUCAUCAUCGAUGCAAUCGGUAUGGUAAAGUUGCAGGAAUGCCCAUCAUGGUCCCAAAAGGAGGUCCCUAUAUUUAUACACCACAAGAUACUGUAAUGGCCACUUGUCACAUUAAUAACUUGUGCAUGACUUCGACAGGAGAGUUUGUCUUAUUUCAAUCAACGGAUCGACUCGUUGGAGAGGUCAUGUUUGAAAAGUUGAAUUCUCAACCAUGGGUUUGGGUCCAAGGAUCGACCAUCAUGUCCGAGAGAGGAAACUUUUUCAUUAAAUUGGUCGAUGGAGAUUUAGUAUUAAAAUAUUCGACAACAAAGGAUAAGACCAAAGUAUUUGAACGUGCCUAUGUGAGGAAAUUGAUUCGAAAUGUCACCACCAAUGCUGUCAAGGAAGAGUUCGAACCCAUUGCAUUUGCUGAGAAUUUCACAAUCUACGACAAACCCUUGUUUGCUUUGAAAAGAUUUGCAUCAGGAAAUGUUGGUCACGUCAUUUCAGAAGCUCUUGGAAUGAUUACAGGUUUAAUGAUGAAUUUCAAUCCAGAGGGUCCAUGGGAAGAUCAUCACAUUUUGUACUUGGAUGAUGUUUUUGACAUGUCUGGCAACAAUUGGAUGGGUGCUUAUGAAUACGACCCAAGACAUGCUACUCGAUAUUCGAUACAAGGUGGUCAACUCAUUAGCAAAAAUCCCAUUCUUCAAAGAUGCCAUCAAAAUGGAGCUUGGAAAAUUCUCCCAGCCCCUUGCUCAAAUAAUUUUGACAAGUCAGCAACUGCUUCCUCAGAAGCACCUGUCACUCUUCAAGCGUGUUUCUCCAAUUUUUAUGCUGGUCACACAAUUACGAACAUGGUUUCACAUCCCUACGGAAAAGAAAGUCUCUACAUGAAACUCAAGACCAUUGUGUUCAAGAAUUUGGGAAUCUUUCCAUUUGAUCAACAUUACUCAGAGUCGGAAAAAACUGUAAAAAUGAAGAAAUAUGUCAUGGAGAAGGAUAUUGUAAUUGCCAUGAAUCGAAAACUUCCAUCCGGUCGUCACGGACAAGCCAUUCAUAAUGUCGAUGAAGUUGUCGAGUAUCUGAAAGAAAAUAUUCAAAAAGAUCCAUUCAUUCAAAAACUCGUCAAUACCUUCAAGAAGAAAUUAGUGAUUGAUUCAUUGGUGUUAUCUGAUUUUCCAACCAUUAAGGAUCAAAUUCAUUACUUUUCCAAUGUUGACGUCUACAUUUCUGAUCCUGGAAGUGCUGCCUAUUAUGCCAUGUUUUUCAGAGAUGACACUUCACUCUUCCUUCCACCAACGUGUCACAUCAAAGAGAAUGAAUUGAAGUGUCAACCCUCGCAUGGUAUUAAGGUUUUGCAAUCACUUCCUAGUGUUGAAAUUGCAGAUAUUAUGGAGAUUAAUGGUGGACCAAUUCCUUGUAAUUUGAGACCAACGGUCUUGUUCCCAGACAAUUGUGAUGUCAUAUUACCAAAGGACAUUGUCUUAAAUUCUGUGUUGAGAGCAGUCAAAAGAAGAUAUCGAGAGUUGUUGACUCUUGAGGAUACCUUCAUGUAA